CCACUCGGUGACGUCACAGUCCUUUCUACAGGUGUCUCGACUCUUGACAGUCUGCCUCACUUCCGUGUUGACUUUGGAGGAGACAAGCAAACAAAUGACGUGUCGCGUCCUCGCCGGCAUCCUCACCACUUUUACAAGCGCCGUGUCGAGUUCCGCGAGUGAAGUGAAGGAAGCGGGGAGCUCCGUGCUGGUAUAGCGGAGUGUUCGAGGCGAGGAGUCCGCUGAGGCGGCCCCGAGCUCCGGCUUGCUGGCGGCAUGGCAGCCGUGAAGGCUCUCCAGCAGUGGUGCCGCGUCCAGUGUGAAGGCUACCGGGAUGUCAACAUCAAGAACAUGACCUCGUCCUUCCGGGACGGGCUGGCUUUCUGUGCGCUCAUCCACAAACACCGACCCGAACUCAUUGACUUUGAUUCCUUGAGGAAAGAAAAUGUCUAUGAGAACAACCACCUGGCGUUUAAAGUUGCAGAGGAGCAGCUUGGAAUCCCUGCACUCUUGGAUGCAGAAGAUAUGGUGGCUCUCAAAGUCCCGGACCGCCUCAGCAUCCUCACCUACGUCUCCCAGUACUAUAACUACUUUCAUGGACGCUCUCCAAUUGGAGGUGUAGGCGCCGUAAAGCGACCUGCCGAGGUACCCGCUGACGGGCCGGCCGGGAAGAAAAACCAGGCAGUGGUCUCCAAAGUGUUCCGGCCGUCUAAGGAAAAUAACCCUCCACCUUCUUUUGCUGCCACACAGCCUCUUCCUCGCCCGAGAGAAACAAGAAACAAUGAGUUUCCAGCAGAGGAAUCCCAUCAGGUUGGAACCCUGAGUAACAAGUGUGUGUCCUGCAAGCAGCACGUUCACCUGGUGCAGCGACAUCUAGUGGACGGGAAGCUCUAUCACAGGAACUGUGCAAAGUCACUGGGUCUUCCAAACACAAGCACACUUCUAAGAAAUGUUCCCUCCGGAGUCACUCCUCCAGCAGACCUCACGAAAGACAACACAGUGACCCCCGCGGCCCAGAAACCAAGCGCUCCUUUAAGCAUCUCCUUCCCGUCUUCAACUCCUUCGUCAAGUAACACCACGCCCACUAAAGAGAGUAAGGGUCCUGUCUCCAAACCCUCAUCUACCGUCAUUACACCCGAGCCCAUCAGCACCCGGCCCGUGGCGGCACCUCGUAGUUCUACCACAGCGGCCAAGACCCUGCAGUCCAAGCUUGCCUUCUUUCAGGCAGAAAGUGCGGAUAAAAAAACUGUAUCCAUGAUUGUAGACCCUCCAAGAGGGGCAAAGUCUACUCAUCCUGUUCAGGAAACAAAAGGAGGCACAAAUGCUCUUGGAGCUAAAAGUCAGGCCGAGGUGAAGGAAGAAACAGCAAAGAAGGCCGGCGAUGACAAAAGCAGUAAAACAAAGCCUACAGAAACCUCUAAAAACGUCUCAAAGGUGGAAAACAACAAUAGUAAAACAGAGCUGGCAGAAACCUUGAAUAAAGUCUUCAAGGUGGAAAAAAACAACAACAAUAGUAAAACAGAGCUCGCAGAAACCUCUAAGAAAGUCUCAAAGGUGGAAAACAACAAUGGUAAAACAGAGCUUGCAGAAACCUAUAAGAAAAUAUCAAAGGUGGAAAACAACAACAAUGGUAAAACAGAGCUUGCAGAAACUUAUAAGAAAAUCUCAAAGGUGGAAAACAACAACAAUGGUAAAACAGAACUUGCACUGAACCCUAAGAAAGUUUCAUUGGAGGAAAACUACAGCAACAAUAGUAAAACAGAGCUUGCAGAAACUUAUAAGAAAAUCUCAAAGGUGGAAAACAACAACAAUGGUAAAACAGAACUUGCACUGAACCCUAAGAAAGUUUCAUUGGAGGAAAACUACAGCAACAAUAGUAAAACAGAGCUUGCAGAAACUUAUAAGAAAAUCUCAAAGGUGGAAAACAACAACAAUGGUAAAACAGAACUUGCAGAAACCCCUAAGAAAGUCACAAAGGUGGAAAACAACAACAAUGGUAAAACAGAACUUGCACUGAACCCUAAGAAAGUUUCAUUGGAGGAAAACUACAACAACAAUAGUAAAACAGAGCUUGCAGAAACCUCUAAGAAAGUCUCAAAGGUGGAAAACAACGACAAUGGUAAAACAGAGCUUGCAGAAACCUAUAAGAAAAUUUCAAAGGUGGAAAACAAUGGUAAAACAGAGCGUGCAGAAACCUCUAAGAAAGUGUCAAAGGUGGAAAAAAAGAACAAUGGUAAAACAGAGCUUGCAGAAACCUAUAAGAAAAUCUCAAAGGUGGAAAACAACAACAAUGGUAAAACCGAGCUUGCACAGAACCCUAAGAAAGUCUCAAAGGAGGAAAACUCCAAGAACAGUAAGCCGACACCAAAGUCUGAGCUCCCCAAGCGAACGGAUGUAACUUCUCAGGUCCAGGAAGUCAAGAAGCCCACAGAAGGGGUCAGAGGGAAGAUGAGGCUCAGGCUCAAAAUCAACCCGUCCAUCCUGGCCGACCUGCAGCCUCCACCUUCAGAGGGGAGCCCCCCCCCCCCAGUCAGCAGCAGCCAGCCAAGAGACAAAACUCCAGACAGAGGCUCCAAACCUAAUAAAGCACCCACAACUUCAGCAUCAGCAGAGAAGGAGACGCCCACAGAUUGGAGAGCCAUGCUUAAACCUGUCUCCAAAGAUGCAAAAGCUGCUGACUCAUCCCAGUCCUCUGCGAGACUGCAGACGGACAAAACUGCAAACUCGCCGUCAACCCAAGUGUCUUUAAAACCAUUGGUGGAUCCCGCUAAACCUACCGGCAUAUCUGUCACCGUCCCGUCAUCACAAGGCUUCCGUAACGACGAAAGUAAGCCCAGAAAAACACCAUCAGAGUCAAACUUCUUAAAGACAAAGCCAAACUUCAUCCCCAAAGAGGCCAUCCUGAAGGAGCUGCAGGAGAUCGAAGAUAACAUCAACCAGUUGGAGAAGAGAGGAGUGGUGCUGGAGACGAAGCUCCGCCACAGUGAAGACGAGGGGGAGGAUGACUCUCUCAUGGACGAGCUGAUGGUGGAGUGGUUCGGCCUGAUCAGAAACAAGCAGUUGGCCAUGCGACGCGAGUCCGAGCUUGUCUACAUUGGGAAGACCCAGGACUUGGAGGAGCAGCAGCCCAGUGUUGAACAACAACUCAGGAAGCUGAUUGACAAACCAGAACAUCUGAAGACAACGUGGGACCGCAAGCGAGAAGAACAGCUGAUGAGCAAACUGAUGGAGAUCGUCAACGACCGCAACGCUAUCGUAGAAGGGCUGGAUGAAGACAGGCUCAGAGAGGAAGAGGAAGACCAGGAGCUGAACAAGUUGAUGAUGAAUCUCAAUGCAAAAAAAGACAAGAAGAAGAAGUCGCCCAUGUCCAAACUCUUCACUUGGGGCAAGAAGGAGGCGUGAUGUCACUCAGACAUCUUUGCUGCUCUUCUCUGGUACUUUUUAUCUUAGUUCACUUUACUUCACUUCCAUUUUAAUGCUCAUGGGUGAGUUUGUGAGGGGGAGUACAUACAGUAUGGUGGUUACACACACACACACACACACACACAUGCACACAGUCAGAUCUGAGGGGUUAAUGAUACUCUGUUAUUGGGUUCAGUGCUCCAGUUGUAAUUUUAAUCUUCUUACAGUCUUAAUCUGUCUACUUAAUGCACAAACACACACACACGUACGCACACAAACUCAUCCACACGAUGUGGGUUCUAAACACUAAUAUGAGCAAGAGAAACAACAUUUUUUUUGAAUGUUUUAAAGCGGUGUUGUGAAUGUGUUGCAGCUGAAAGUUGUGAUGGAUGGAAUGUUGAGAGGACAAUGACGUGGAUGCAUGAGAACAUUCAUAGACAUGUUUGAAAGCUGCUUCUUGCAUUGGAGUGUGAUGCUGGCUCUGUGUCACACACUGCAACUUACCCCCUGCCAUGUCUAACUUGGGUGUCUUUAUUUUGUUUAAAGUGAAAAGAUUCAAAAUAAGUGGUCCAAAGAUGAGAUGGGGGCUGGGUGUAGUGAUCCACAUUGGAUCUGAAUGAAUUUAAAACAUGCGAAGGCUCUGUAGUAUCUUUUUGUACAAUUUAACAUUGUAUAUAAGUCUUGUUUCCCCUUUUAUUUCCCUGCAAUACAUCUGCAGAUUAAAGAGAUCUUAUCAUUAAAUAUAUUCAAAGUG